AUGUUUGGAGGUAUAGGGAAGCUUGCCGCUGAGGGUCUGGCCCACCGGGCUGAGAACGCUACUGAAGAAGUAGUCCACAAAGCUGAAGAAGUGGUCAAGGAGGUGGUUAAGGAAGUAGUGGAACACGCCAAGGAAGCUGGUGAGAAAGCCAUUGGAAAUGUCAUCAAAGCUGCAAAGGAAACUGAAGAAAAAGCUAUGAAGGAGGUGACCAACAAAGUGACCAACACAAUCAUGAAUGCCGCCGAGGGUCUGAACAACCUGGGACAAUGA